AUGCGAAUUGCAGUCUCCUCGUCGCUAUGGGGCCUCGCGUUGCUUCCCUGUUUGGGCUAUGCACUGCCAGCCUCGACAUCCGGAGCCGGUCGUCUGAUCAAGUCCAACACCAGCAUCCCCACUCCCAUCAUCGCACGUGCCCGCCCAUCUCCCGCGUAAAAUCAUCUUCCUCUCUGACCCUCUCCCCCUCUGCGUCCCAACUAGCUCUGGCACGGCCUCGGCGACCGCUACGAUGCUCCUGGAUUGCUCGCGCUCAAAGCCGAGCUGCAAGGCCAUCACAAGCUCAAAGGUGUCUACGUUCAUCUCAUCGGCGUCAGUGAAGGUGGUGCUGCGGACCAGUACGUAUACAACUCCUUCAACGACACACGGAACGAGCGAUCGUACUGACGAUGUGAAUUCUCGACAGACGCUCAACCUUCUUCGGCAACGCCAACGACCAAAUCGCUCUCGUGUGCGAACAGCUCACCCAAACACCCCAACUCGUGGAUCCUCAACUCAACCCUUCGGGCAAGGUCGAUGCGAUCGGGUUCUCCCAAGGCGGUCAAUUACUUCGUGGGCUCGUUGAGCGAUGCUCCGAGCUCAAUUUUAGGAGUUUGAUCACGCUGGGGUCGCAGCAUGUCAGUUUAGUCUCGGAAACGUGCUCGACCUUGAAAGGGGACUGCUUCGAUCAAAGCGUUGAUCCCCGUUCUUUUCCUGUCUUUCCAGAUGGGUAUCUCCUCCCUUCCCCCUUGCCCACCCGGAUCCUCCCCCUUCUCAACCUGUCACCUCUUCCGCUUAUCCCUCCUCAAGAACGGUCUCUACUCCUCCUGGGCCCAACAGAACCUCCUUCCCGCUCAAUACGUACGUGAUGAGGCGAGGAUCGAAGACUACUUGAAGGUCAAUGUUUUUUUGAAGGAUAUCAACAAUGAGAGGGAGGGGGAUAGGAAAGUGGGACCGCCGAAGGAUGGGGAGGUGGUUGGAGUAAGGGUUCGGGAUCAAGGGGAGGGUAGGAAUCAGACGUACAAGAGGAACUUUGCGAGGUUGGAAAAAUUGGUCUUGUUGAGGUUCUCGUGAGUCCUAAAACCCCUCCCCUCUCACCGAUUACAUCCCCUUUGGAAACUCACACUCCCUCUCUCUCUCUCUCUCUUUUCAUUCGGACAUCCCCGAGAAAAGAAUGGACACCACCGUUGUACCCCCCCACACAGCGCACUUCACUCUCCCCUCCCCGACCGCUUCCCCCUGUCCGUUCUCCCUCGACCCAACAUGCUACGUCGAUCCCGUCGAAUGGGCCGACUUGCCCCUCUAUCAAGAUGAUUAUAUCGGGUUGAAGGAAUUGGACGCGAGAGGCGUGGUUUGGAAAGGCGUUUGUAAGGGGGCGCAUAUGGAGAUCGAUCGGAGGUGUUGGAGUACGGUCACUAGGUUUUUGGUGGGGAACGGUGAGAAAGAGGGGGGCGAGGAUGUGAGGGAGAAUGCGUUCGUACUGCAAGGUUGA